UUGCAGCUGAAUCCGCCCGGCCUGCUGACUAUGCCCCGGAGCCCGACCUCCAGCGAGGAGGAGAUGGCCCAGAGCUUUUCAGAUUACUCCGACGACUGCGCCUCCGACAGCUCCAGAGAGGAAACCAUCUACGAGACCAUCAGGGCCACGGCCCAGCCCCCCCCGCCCCCCCACAUGGACGACGUCCACACCAACACGCAGGUCGUCCGCGUCCUCGUCCCCGACCUGCAGCAGACGAAAUGCAUGCGGUUCAACCCGGACGCCACCGUCUGGGUCGCCAAGCAGCGGAUCCUGUGCACGCUCAACCAGAGCCUGAAGGACGUGCUGAACUACGGCCUCUUCCAGCCGGCGAGCAACGGGAGGGACGGAAAGUUCCUGGACGAGGAGCGAAUCCUGCGAGAGUAUCCUCAGCCAAUCAGCAAGGGCGUCCCGGUUCUGGAGUUCCGCUACAAGAGCCGAGUUUACCGGCAGCCGAACGUGGACGAGAAACAAAUCGCCAAACUUCACACCAAGGCCAACCUGAGGAAGUUCAUGGACCUGAUCCAACACAACCAGGAGGACAAAGUGUCCAAGAUGUUGGAGAGAGGCUUCGAUCCCAACUACCAGGACGGGGACACUGGUGAGAGUCCUCUGACCUUCGCCGCUCACCUGGACGGAGUCGUGGAGCUCAUCAAGGUUCUGAAGAACGGAGGAGCUCACCUGGACUUCAGGGCCAAAGACGGGAUGACCUCGGUCCACAAGGCCGCUCGCUCCAAGAACCAGGUCACGCUCACGACGCUGCUGGAGCUCGGGGCGUCUCCGGACUACAAGGACAGCCGGGGUCUGACUCCUCUGUACCACAGCGUGGUGGUGGGGGGGGACCCGGGCUGCUGCGAGCUCCUGCUGAGCCACCAGGCGGCCGUCUGCUGCCAGGACGAGAACGGCUGGCACGAGGUUCACCAGAGUCUCAGGCGGCGCCCGGCGUGGUCCAUGGCGCCUCUUACCCACAAUCCUCUGCAGCUCUGUGGUCUCAGCAGUCAUGGCGAGGGCGUGGGCACCAGGAGGAAGCUGUACAGCGCCGUGCCCGGGAGACACUUCGUGGUCGUGCGUCCUCACACGGCUCAGGCUGAGGGGGAGAUCAACCUGUACAAGAGCGACAGGGUCAAAGUCCUGAGCAUCGGAGAGGGGGGGUUCUGGGAGGGCAGCGCCCGCGGCCAGGUGGGCUGGUUUCCAGCCGACUGCGUGGAGGAGAUCCCGGCCAAGGCCACGGAGGAGCGGAGCUAUUCCCGAGCGGAUCGAGCCGACAGACGGAAGCUGUUCAGACACUACACUGUGGGGUCCUACGACAGCUUCGACGCCUCCAGCGACUGCGUGGUGGAGGAGAAGAGCGUGGUGCUGCAGAAGAAGGAGAACGAGGGGUUCGGCUUCGUGCUGCGAGGAGCCAAAGCGGACACGCCCAUCGAGGAGUUCACUCCCACCGCCGCCUUCCCCGCGCUGCAGUACCUGGAGUCGGUGGACGAGGGGGGCGUGGCCUGGCAGGCGGGACUCCGAACGGGCGACUUCCUCAUCGAGGUGAACCAGGAGAACGUGGUGAAGGUCGGCCACAGGCAGGUGGUCAACAUGAUCCGUGUGGGAGGGAACCGGCUCCUGAUCAAGGUCGUGACGGUGAGCCGGAAUCUGGACCCCGAUGACACGGCACGCAAAAAAGCUCCUCCCCCACCGAAGCGAGCGCCCACCACGGCCCUGUCCAUGCGCUCCAAGUCGAUGACCUCGGAGCUGGAGGAACUCGUGGAUAUAGCCACUCUAAGGAAAAAGAAAGGUGAUGCGCAGAAGAAGAGGAUUGUUUUCCAAGUCACUCUAAACAAAGUGGAAGAGAUGACGCACGCCCAGAAGACUUCGCCUGUUGAUAUGAAGAUCGCCACAAUCAAGCCACGCCCCUCCAGUCGCUGCCUGGUUACGCCCACUGAUAUGAAUUCCAUGUAUCAUGAGCGCCAGGGAGUAGCAGUGGUGCCGCCCACUGUUCCUGGAGCCUUCCUGGGGCUUCCUGAGAAGGGCACCAUCAGGAAGCAGAAGUCAAUAGGUACCGAUGAGGAUGACAAACAAGGAUUCCUCACACCUCCGCCACUGAAGUUCUCCCGCAGCCUCUCCAUGCCUGACUCCACAGAGGACAUCCCCCCUCCACCGGCCAUUUCACCCCCUUCGCCACCUGGCUACAACUCCGGCCCUACAUCCAAAGGCUACAGCACCACACGACCCAGCUUCACCCAGAACUCACCCAAUGCAGUGACCACCAUUAGCAGAGCCGGCGGUGGUACAUUGAGGCGUGGCUACUACCGCCAGAGCUCAGAGCAGUUUGAGAGCACACGUUUACGAGGGCGUGCACCAGUGCCAGAGAACCCUUACUCCGAGGUGGGCAACAGGACACUGUACGUGCCAGCAAAACCAGCUCGAAGGAAGGGUAUGCUCGUAAAACAGUCAAAUGUUGAGGACAGUCCUGAGAAAAUGUGUCGCAAGCCAGCAAAUCCCUCAGGCCCGGUCUCCAUGCCGACUACACCUGUAGAACGAACAUGCUCAUCCAUCCCCAUUCCCACGAUCAUCGUCAAGGAGCCCUCCACCAGCAGCAGUGGCAAGAGCAGCCAGGGUAGCAGUAUGGAGAUCGAGCCCACCACUCCUGAACACCCCUCUCUCACACCCACUCUUGGGUGUGGAGGUCUGCGUCCUGAAGAUCCACAUUCUCUAGGCAACCCCUUCGCUGCAGCUAUCGCCGGGGCCGUGCGGGACCGGGAGAGGAGGCUCGAGGCCAGAAAGAGUUCAAUCACCUUCCAGUCCAUAGACAUGGGGGAUGAUGAAUUGAGCGGUCCAACGCCUUCCCCUCGCCUUCGCCAGUCAAAGUCCAUCGAUGAAGGCAUGUUCAGUAGUGACGAGCGACUGAGAAGGAUAUUGGCCCCUCCCUUUGCACGGCUGGGGCCCCCUGUGGGGGGUGGCAGUGGAAACAUGACAGAUUUUAAUACACCUGAGCCCACAGUGGUGCGGGAGCCUCUGAACACCAGAACUGGCCAGUGUCCCAACUUAGACAGUCCUGUUAGUCUCCCAGCCACUCCCCCUAAGAGCCACUACAGGGCCAAUGGAACCUACCUCCACCCUGUCACCGGAAAGCCCUUGGACCCUAAUUCUCCACUCGCCCUGGCCCUGGCAGCUCGUGACCGGGCCAUGAAGGAGCAACAAAACCAUCCACAGAGUCAGCCUCAAAACCCUCCUCAGGUUCAAACCCCCAAGCACGAAGCCCAGUCCCUUCCAGUCCAGCCAAGCCACAAACCAGACCUCAACCAACCCCUCUUCAUUGACACCAAACUACGUUCUGGCAUAGAGACUAGUUUUGCUGCAAUCUCCACAGCCACCAUGGGGCGUCCGGGCCGAGGCGGCCUGCGGAGACAGAUGACCGAGCAGAAGUACGAGUCUGAUGGGGCGAGGGAGGAGAGGCAGCAUCAGGCCGUCGAGGAGAGGAAGAGUGCACCAGCUGAUGUGGCGGACUCGUCACCGCCCAAGUCAGCAGGGCUCUUGAUGGUCCACACCAGCACAGAACCAGGCGCCAAGGUUAACAACCAGGAUGUGGAGGGCCAGGACAGCAACCGGCCAUCGGAGCUGAAGGACCCGAACCAACCGGAUCCACACAACCCUCCGACCCUCUCCAACCCCCAUCCAGCCUCCUCCCGGGGGAGGAGCGUUCCUUUAGGUGAAUCCUUGGAUGAACCAGUGAAGCUGCCAUUCCGAAUCCCCCCGCCCCCCCUGGCCUCAGUUGAUAUUGAUGAAGACUUUGAGUUCACAGAGCCCCUCCCCCCACCACUGGAGUUUGCCAACAGUAUUGACAUACCUGAUGACCAGGCCAGUGCCAUAGCAGAGAUGCUUCUGCAACAGAGACGAAAUGGGGGACCUCGAUUGCCCCCCUAUGAUCCUCACGCCCCCCCACCUGUCCUUGAUCAACACAAACGGGUGGCGAACAGCAUGCCGCCCUCGUAUCCUCCUCCUCCACCGGAACAGGAGUCCGGGGUGGGCGACUCGGGCAUCGAAGAGGUAGACAGCCGCAGUAGCGGGGACCCUCAGCACAUGGAGACCACCAGCACCGUCUCCAGCAUCUCCACCCUGUCGUCGGAGGGGGGCUUCUGCGACAGCGCUCUGGAGAGCCUCUACGCCACCGCCGACGGACACUCCUUCCUGGUGGAUCGGCCCCCGGUGGCGCCCAAACCCAAGGGCAAGUCUGUCAUCAACAGGACAUCACUUUAUCAUGACGCACUCAUCGAAGAGCCCCCAGAGUCCUAUGGGACUCCACCGCAGGCCCCGCCCCCUCCCCCUUCAUCCUCUGAACCUCCUAGGACUCCGACUCAGAGGACAUCCAAGCUAUGGGGCGACCAGCCCCCCGAGCUGUGCAGCCCCCCCUCCACACCCGACAGCAAGAACACCGUCAUCACCGAGCUGAGCUCCAUCCUGCAGCAGAUGAACCGCGACCGGCCGCCCAAGCCGGGAGACAGCCUGGACUCCCCCACCGGGACACGGGCGGCCUUUGGAACCAGGACUCCCACAGAAGACUCAGGAAUGCGUAAUAACGCCGCUGCUGCCGCGCCCCUCUCCUCCACCCCCCCCAGCAGCCUCCCCUCCCAGACGCACCCCUGCAGCCCCCCCGACUCCGUCUCCUCCCUCACCCCCUGCUCCUCGCUGCCCCCCUCGGUGUCGCCCACCCUCACCGACGUCUUCGGCCUGCCCACCCCCCCCAUGGGCAGCGGCGGCGGCUACAGCCUGAGCUCCUCCUACGGCGGCAGCGGCAGCUCGCGCUCGCCCUCGCCGCUCACGCUGAUGCAGGCGGUGGCGUCCUCGGGGAAACCCUUCGCCUCCAAACCCAUGGAGCUGUGGAGCAAGCAGGACGUGGCCGACUGGCUGGAGAGCCUGAACCUGGGCGAGCACCGGGACGCCUUCCUGGACAACGAGAUCGAGGGCGCCCACCUGCCCUCGCUGCAGAAGGAGGACCUGAUCGACCUGGGGGUCACGCGGGUGGGCCACCGCAUGAACAUCGAGAGGGCCCUCAAGCUGCUGCAGGACAGAUAG